AAAUAAUUAGAAAACAACUUAUCCACUUUAAUUUUGCACCGUUAGAUGCAGUCAAACAGUCCACCGCUGAUUUGCCUUCGGUCAAUACAACGUAUUGUUACGAAGUUUUUAUUCACAUUUUCUCGUUUUUUAAAGUCACUUGUUUAGUUACACUAAAAGUGGAUGUCAUAUGUAUAUCUGCAGCGGCUAAUUCGAUUGUUGCCCUUACUAUAUUGUUGCUUGAUAUUCUCACUAACUGUCGUUGUCACAAAAUUGUUACCUGAAGAAAAUGCCACGAGCUCCCGCUCUGUUUACAAACGAUGCAAGACAUCAGUUUACAUGCUGCCUAUGUUUACAUGUGAGGACAGGGACGAUCAUUUUCGGGAUAACUCAGAUAAUUAUCCAACUUGUCUUUAUAUCGUUUCUUUUCCUGAUGACGUUUAAUCCGAGACUUAUUCCAGAGGAUAAUCACGGAAGUUUAGAUCCAUCGCAGGCCAACGUCCGUUUUUAUGUAUUCUCGACUCUCUUUCGUCUUGUACCAGCUGUCUCCGAUAUUCAUGAGUCAUUAACAUUGCCUUCUCCUGGAGCCCGAAAUGUCAAUGGAAAUAAAUUAUAUCUUGGCCACAAUGUGGAGUCUGAAACCAAUUUUAAUUAUGAUAUUCCACCAGGAUAUAAAGACGAUGUACUUGUCGACGUCAAUAAUAUGUCUCCAAGUCUAGUGUCGGAUACUCAGAAACAUGAACGUGGAUCCCACGAAGUCAAAAUAAAACAUUUCAGUCCUUACAUUGCUGUUUGCGUGACAACUUUCUCUUUGGCGUUUUGUUGCUUCAUGGUCCAUGGAGCAAUCACAAGACAGCCAACUCACUUACUCCCGUUUUUCUUUAUUCAAGUCUUUGAUCUUAUCAUAUGUUUAAUUCACAUACUCGGAUUCAUGUCCUCCACAUCAGAUAUACGCUUGGUAAUUCACACAAAAACAGGGCCUAUUUACAUCAAAUCUACAGGUUUGACUUUUAUCAUAUUGUCCAUCUCAUGCAUGAUGUUGGCAUUCAAAGCCUAUUGUCUUGGUAUGGUAUGGGACUGUUAUAAAUACUUAAUGCUAAAUCGAAGAGGCAACCUACUUGAUGAUUGGUAUUCCGACCAGUGGGGUCAUUUGUCAACUUUUUGGAGUUUACUUCGGACUGGUCGUAAUCGAGGCAAUAAUUCGAUUGGGAACUCUGGUUCUCCUAAUGAGCCUAAUACAAGACCUCGUCCUGAUACAAUUACAUACGAUCCAGCUAACGAUCUACCAAAGUAUGAGGCAAGUAGUAAUCAGUGUUAUCAUUCGUGUUAUGACUUUUACUCAUGUUCAGCGUUAUAAUACGUGCACACCCUAUGUCAAAUCGGCCAGCAGGUCUCGUUGGCUAAAACCCUAGAACCCUGGAACACAUAUAUAGGAUCGUAGUGUGGUCAUUCACUUGAGCUCACAUCGCCAGAACGGAAAGCCAGCAUCAGCAGUGAUAUCUAUUAGUGAUUUAAACCAAAGGGUUACGAAAACUCAAUGGAUUUCUAGUAAAUCUUUUACACUGAUGAAUUCUGGUAAACACAUUCCAUCAGGAUCUGAACACGAUAAAGAACGAAAACAAAGCAGAUUUAGGUUAACCAAAAGUCUAAGGAACGACCGUGAGCAGUGGUGCUCAACGAAAGCAAAAGAGAUGGAAAAAGCAGCGGCUGUAGGUAACACAAGACAGCUUUUCAGACUAAUAAAAGAAACUGGAAUGAAGAAUUCAAAUGUGAGACAAUUUGGGAAAAAGACGACAUUUAUCCGCUUUCAGCCCAGACGUUUAGAACGAUGGAUGGAACACAUUAAGGAUCAGUUCAGCUGAUCUUCAGCUACUCUACAACUACUGUUAUAAUUUCCUCUUAUUACAACCCAGCUAUUCCUACUACUUAGUAUUCUUGGACACCAAUUCACUCGACAAGUCACCAAAUCAGGACACGGUUGAACAGGAAAGAGGUUAUACUCCAAGUAACAAAGUUAGAUGGAAGCAGGAAGCACAGUAGGAAAAGCGUUAGUUUAUUCAUAGUUUUUACAUGAGAAGAUUCUAGAGUGUUCUCCAAGUAUCGACUAGCGCUGAUUGGAUAAGAAUUAGUCAAUCAGCGUGCGCCAAAGCAGUCGUGCAUUGAGUGUACUUUAAUUCAAUUUAUGCCCCACUAACAAUUACCAUUCAUCCGUAGACCGCGUGAAUGAAACAUUUAAGUAGGUCCGACUCUAGCUGAAGUUCAAAAGACUAUAGCUAAUCUGAAAUGAGGAAGAACAGCUGGUCCAAAUGGAUUAGCUUCAGAUGUCUUUAAUUAUGGUAGUCUAGUUUUAGCGAUUAGGUUAACUAACACUUUAGCUGAAAUCCGGGUGUUGGACGUAAUCCCAUCUGACUGGUCGCAAUCACUUAUCGUCCCAAUAUAUAAGAAGGAGUCAAAAUCAUCCAUUGAUAACCAUGGAGGGAUUAGUUUGACAAAUAUAUCAUCCAAAGCAUUAGUCUCAAUAAUUAUCGGGUGCCUAACAAGGAUUCGUGAACUGCAAACACGAGAAAACCAGUCUGGCUUCAGACCUGGUCGUGGCCGCAUCGACCACAUAUUCAUCAUUGGUUACGUUCUAGAACACAGGCAUGUUUACUGGCGACUGAUAAUGACGAUUAUUCUUGACUUAAAUGCAGCAUUUGAUUCUAUAGAUCGAGAGGUUCCGUGGCAUUGUCUCUCAUUGAAAAGCGUAUCUCAGUCGUACAUAAACCUUGUGAAAGCUUUUUACUCGAACACUACUAGUCCAGUAAGAGCUUAUGACGAACUGUCAUCUGAUUUUGCAACCUCUGGUGGCGUCGAACAAGGUUGUCCACUAUUUCCAUUUUCUCAACUUCAUCAUGGACCUACUGCUGGAAAUAGUGUUCUCGUCGACUGAAUUUUAAGGAAUAGAUCUCCUACCAGGAGGUGCACUGAUCGACUUAGAAUACUCAGAUGAUAUAGUCCUGUUUGGCGAAGACGCUGAUAAAAUGCAGAGUGUUUGGUGGCACUGAGCAAUAAUGCCAGGACGUUUGGGAUGCGUUUCUUCCUAUUUUGAAAUUCACGUUGUUGCUUCAGGGUUGGGCUGCAUGAUCACAUGAACUAAGGAUAGGGAAUGAAGUAGUCGAAUGCGUCGACGACUUUAAAUAUCUUGGAAGUCUGAUCUGUCCAAAUGUGUUGGUGUCUGAGGAAAUCUCUGCAUGGACUCAAAAGCUCGUUUGGCUUUUGCCAAUACGUCAGCCAUCGUGAGGGCGAGAUAUCGGUCUAUCAAUUAAGGGGCUAGUAUACUGUGCGACAGUUCGUUCUGUUUUAAUUUGCGGCUGCGAAACGUGACCAAUAAGAGUAGAUGAUACUCGUAAUUUACUAGUAUUUUAUUACAAAUUCUUAGAAAUAUUGCUCUCAUCUGCUGGGAUCAUCGGGUAAGUAAUAGUGAGGUUGGACACAGGGUAUCAUGGGAUGAUGGUAAGUCAGCUGAUAAAGCUGUGAGAUUUCAUCGACUGAGAUGGUUAGGGCGUAUGCCUAAACACCAUUUACCACGACGAGCAAUGCUGACUAGUGUUGGGGGUGGUUGGAAGAAGGUUAGGGGCGGCCAAACCAAAACAUGGGAUCAGUGAUUGAAGUCACUAACUUGCAGUCUGAGCCAUGUUGGUAGAUGCAGACUACUUGGUUGGGGUCCGCAUGACUCUAGAAUCAACCACAGAACCGACCACAGUGGCGUAGGCGUAUACACUCUGUGUCUUCCCUUAAACUGUGAGAUUAAAAUUGCUUAAUAUCUUUCUUUCUACGAACUAUUUGUUUCUUCUUGUACCACAUCGGUCAGUCAGUUUCAGUAGACGUGGGACGGUGUUUCGCGCAUGUUUCGUCCGUGGUGACACUUGAGGAGGAAGUCGACGUAGGAGGAAUAAUAGGAAUUAACUAGGGAUAUUGAUUAUGAAUACCUUGAUCUUGAGUGCUAUUAGAGGUAUGAGGGCAGUUAUCAAUUCCUGGUUGCCCACACCAUUGAAGGGUUCUUCUGGAGCUACCUGAGAUGGAAAUCGGAUUAAAAGUGGUCUUAGUGACCCGAGAGCGUGACCGCACUGUCAAAGAGGACAACUGCUUAAUGUCGGUCACCCACGAUGUUUUUGUGAGUAAUUUUCGUGAUAGCUCUGUACUUGUUGAGACCUUGACGGCGGAGACGGAUAUCCGUGGGAUAAGGCGAGGUGUGCAUUUUUAGGGCCGACCUUUUCUAAGCCCACCCCUCCUUGUGGGAAGGCAGCAUCGCUGUUAUGCCGCUUGUCUGAAGGAAACAUCUUACUGCCGUCACACCUCUGUACAGUUAGUAGUACGACUUCGCUCUCGGACCUUGGGUUUGCUGUUUUUAGUCUUACCGCUUUCCAACCGAUUUGUCUGGCAUGGUAGGACCUUGAGGAACGGUUGUUCCAGCCAGUAUAGCUCGACUGGUUCAUCAUGAUAGGCAAGCCUGACCAGCAUGUCAAGGUAGCAACAACGGCCGGGUCCUUUACUGUAUUCUCACACACAACCUUUCUUUUAUAUAUUACUACCAUUGAAGUAAUUGCUUCUAUGAAUUCGGUGUUCAUCUUGUUAUGCUAAUGAGGUGUGGCAACUUGGACCGAUGCAUUUUUGUGCUUGGUCCUACGUUGUAGCUGACUGACUUUUUCGUCCUCUCAAUUUCAUAAACAACACCCUCGCUGCGAGAAGGCAAUGAGUAGGACUUCUCUAAUAGUGGCUGUAUGCACGAUGGCCAUGUGAGGGCAUUUCGUGAUGGAGAGUGGACUCCCCCACUCUCAUCUGGAGAGGCACAUACGUCAAAGGAGACUCACUGAUUGUAAUCCCUAGUAUAAAUGGUAAGAUUUAAACAACCUAUUUAAAUGAAUUAAGAGGAUAUCUUGUUUAGAAUAUAUAUAUAUAUAUAUAUAUGUACGCCACUGAGAUUUAUUACGACUCGUCUCACUUGAUGUCUGGUAAAAUAUGGUAAGAUUCUCACCCUGAUCACGAUUAAGGAGUUCAGAACAACCCGAAUUGGCUUCGUAGUUUGUUAGUAAAUGCCAUUUGGAUAAUUUAGACGAUCCUCAUCUCAGUGAUUUCACUUGAGGAACUUCGUUCUCGGAUUUAUUUUUUAUUUCUAGUAUUUAUUCAGAGCGUAUAUAAUCAAAUUGUCAAGCAGGAUGAUAUUUGUAUUGGUGGUCAAGAUAAAUCAUGUCCCCGUUCUCUUCGAUUCGAUCUCAACCUUGUGCUGCCAGUGCUUCGACUUUUGAUUUCUUUUAUAUACUACUUUUGUCGACAUAAGUAGCAUACACAUACUACUCAGGCAUCUCGCUUUGCUAAAUCGGUGUAUCACUUUGAAGUGAUCCACAUAUGAGUUGCCAUAUGAGUAAUUGAAUAAACGAAACAUUUUACGUUUUUUUCAUUUCAGUUUGAAGGUUUCCAUCAGUGUAUCCACUGCGCUUUUUAUAACAUAAGACCUUAAAUAUCCCGGCAAGUGCUUUGCGAUUAGAUCACUUAAAAUAUUAUAUCCAACUUCUGUCUAUCAGUGACGUACUAAUUUUUAUCACCAACCAACCAAGCUAUAGAAAGCCUAGUUUUAUUGUGUUUGUAUUCUAAUACAUUUCAUAAAUAACAAGUGACCUUUAUUCAAUUGUCCUAUCUAUAUUACAUCACUAACUUUUAGGAUAUCUUGAAAAUUCCGGCAAAUGCCUACGCUCCUCCACCCUAUUACUGUUCUAACACCAACGGAAAUGUCAAUACAACUACAACUGAUGCUGUUACUAGCAAUACGACUAUUACUUCUGCUACUACGGCUAAUACUACUAUUACUACUAAUGCUAAUACUAAUACUAGUACUACAACUAGUGUGAUAUCACCACUUACAACAACUAACAAGGAUGAUACCCAAAUCAAUAAUGCAUCAUCGAAUGCUCACUCUUCUUGUUAAUCUGAUUUAAUUGUUAAUUACAUACGCACUGAUUCUAAACAUUACAAAAAAGAAACAUUCUAAAAGUAUAGUUUUUUCUACGUCAAAUCACGAUAAAUGAUUUUUGGCUUAUUAGAAAAACUCGUGUGUUUAUGUUUACACACUUAUUUUCAUUUUCAUUUUCAUUUUAUUCAUUACACCUGUUUGUUUACUUUGUUCAUUGUUUCUCUUCACUAAAGUUGAUCUGUGGAAAUUCUAAAUGUUAUUUCUUUACUACAUUUUUUUCUGCUUGACGUAAUUCGAUUAAUAAACUUAAUUACAAGUACUACAAACAGUCGGAUUAGUAGUUAUAGCUGAAUAUAUAUUUUCACGAGUGCAAGAAAUCAGAACUAUAUCUGCUCACCAUUCUGAUUUGAUCUAAGUAUAUUUUGCGGGAAAAUUUGGACUCAAUUACAUGUUGCAGUUAGCGUGUUGAAGUGUUUUUCAUAUAUUCAGAAUUUCCGUGUAAAGUGAGAUGACUCAGUAAAAAGUAGAUCAUGUAAAAAAGCUAUUGUUUAGCCGUCAAGUGAUUUGCUUUUAAUAUUUUAUAUAGCCGCUUUCUUACAUUAGUGAUGAACAUUAAAAUAAAAUCUGAGUCACAGCAAAUUCAAGCUAGUGACCUAAUACUAACCAUGGAUGUUUUUUGAGGUUCGGGAUCUUGGUGCUUCAAUUGCUUGUAGCUAUUCUAAAAGUAAUAAUUAUUUCAAAAGAUUUAGUGUAUAUUUAAAAGAAAUGAAAUUUACAGUUUAAGAAUUCGUGUUGUAGAAUUUCUAGUCACGUGAACUUCUUCGUUUCGGGUCUCGCCACUCUCCGUUUUUAUUUACCGACGCCAUAGAUGUAGUGGUAACGUUCUCAAUUUUUCAGGGAUUGUUCUUCUCGAUUUAGAAUAUGGAGGUAACAGUUACGCGUUGUGGAGUCGCCUACAUUAUAAAGAGUCUUCUAAUCGACUUUAACAACAGCGCAAGCAUAAUUAGGGUGCGUCUUACUCCCUUUAAAUCCGAAAUGCCGCCUCGGAACUGGCUGGCAUCAUCACCCAGACUGAUAAUACGGAUUAAAGUAGUUAAAUACAUCGACCACUUUACCUGUCUUAGAAGUUUAAUCAGUCUUGAUGGGCUGGUGUCUCAGAGAUUCUUGGCUUUUGGCAACCUGUGUCCUGAGUGAGAUGUCUGACAAAUACACUACAUAGUUUGCUUACUUACACCUGUGACUCCCAAUGGAGUAUAGACAGCCGACUAGCAUUCUCCAAUUCACUCUGUCAUGGGCCUUCCUUCCUAUUUCUGUCCAGUUGUUGUUCAUUCUUCUCAUGUCUGUCUCCAUUUCUCGGAGUAAUGUGUUCUUUGGUCUUCCUCUUCUCCUUUGACCUUGAAGAUUCCAAGUGAAUGCUUGCUUUGUGACGCAGUUGGGUGCUUUCCUCAAUAUGUGUCCUAUCCACUUCCAGUGCUUCUCCAUUUUCCUUUCUCCACCGGAAUCUGGUUUGUUCUCUCCCACAGUAGGUUGUUGCUGAUAGAAUCUGGCCAAGGGGAUCCGAAGUAUUUUGCGCAGACAGUUGUUAAUAAACGCUUGAAUCUUCUGGAUUCUGGCUUUCGUAGUUCUGCAAGUUUCCGCCUCAACUAGUAGAACUGUCUUGACAUCUGUAUUGAAAGUUCUGACUUUGGUGUUGUUUGACAGUUGUUUUGAGUUCCAAAUGUUCCUCAGUUGUAGAUAUGCUGCUCUUGCUUUGCCGAUCCGCGCCUUCACCUCUGCAUCGUUUCUUUCUCCCAGCCCAUAUCGUCCCAUGACAUCUUCAUGCACGGUGUUGUCCAUUCCAACCUUGGCGUUUAAGGUGUUCCAUCAGAAUAGUCAAGUCUUUUGUUGGGCAUUUUUCAGCGAUUGAUUGCAGCUUAUCGUCGAAUUAAACUUUAUUGUCUUCAUUACAUAGCACGGAAUGACGUUCAUUUUAAUGCCCUCUUUCUUUGUUUUGAAGGAGGCUUUGAUGAUCCUGGGUCCAUGAGAUUCCCAUUCUGUAAGUGCUUUUUGUACCUGUUUGGAUAGCAUCGG